CCCAACCUCCCCCUCCACCCUUCUUCCGAAUCCGAAUCAUCCUUGUCAUAUCGCUAAAGUUAUUGCUUAUUUUACGAAUUAUUAAAUUAUUUUAGUUUAUUUUUUGUUACUUUAUAGUUAAUUUUAACAAAAACGUAUCGAUAGACAAAACAAGCUAGUGGUAGAGUUACACGAAUAACUCUCGACCUCAGGCUUCGGCCUGCGGUCUUAACAACACCGUAACCACAAAAAAAAAGACGCAUAAUCCGCAAAAUCCUUUGCCAUACUUCCUCCAAUAUCUCGCAACUAUUUCAUAAUAUUAUAUUUAGUUAUACCGUAAACAUGUCUCAGUGGAACAAUACUUACGCUUACAACAACCAGUACCAGGCCUGGAACGGUGAUCCCAAUGUCCAAUAUGUGAACCAAGGCUACUACCCCAACAGAGCGGACCAAACUAAUCAGUAUGUGAGCUUUAAUGAAUUUCUUUCUCAAAUGCAAAACAAUGGAGCGCCCAGUACUAAUAAUUAUAGCAAUGUUCAAUAUGAAAACUACCCUACAGGGCAGUACAAUUACCAGAAUAUACCAACUACUGCCCCUCAGAAUCCUCAAUUAGAAAAUUAUGCAUAUGCACCACAAGCCUCCAAUGUUCCCAGUGGCUCAGAAUCAUACCCCAUGAAUCUGCAAAGCCAAUAUGCUCCAGCUCCAAACAACCCUAAUAUGUAUACUAACGCUAUGAUAUUGAAAUCUAAUCUCACUCCAACAGCUACUGAGUUUGUGCCAAAAAGUUCCAUGAUGAAACCUUCAGCUAGCACUCAGAACAUUCCUGAAUCUAGUACUGUACGUGAUGAUAAUGAAUCUAGAAAUAAUUAUAGUAAUGUAAAUGAAACUAGGAAUCAAUAUAAUAAUUCUAAUGGGUCUAGAAAUAAUUAUGCCAGUUCAAGUGAACCUCGAGUUGGUGGUAGCUCAUCAGAUACAAACUGGAGAGAAAGGCCACAGAGCACACAGCAGGUUAAUGAAACAAGCCACAAAACAGAAUCUUACCAAUCCACACAAGAACCUUCAAGAAAUCAAGAAUCCACUGGUCGUCACCGAGAUAAUAAUUAUCGCAACAAUGAAUCUAAUGGAAGGCACCAUGAUACUAGCAAUCGUAAUAAAGAAGGAAACAGUCGAAACCAUGACGGUAACAGUCGAAACCAUGAUGGUAAUAGUCGAAACCAUGACGGUAAUAGUCGAAACCAUGAAGGAAACAGCCGAAACCAAGAAGGUAACAGUCGAAACCAAGAAGGUAACAGUCGUAACCAUGAGGUAGAAUCCAGACAAUAUGAAUCUAGUAACCGUCAGCAGGAUUCCAAUAGUCGGACCUAUGAAGCCACCAACCGUAACUAUGAGAAUACAAGCAACAAAAGAGGCCAAACAAAGUCAAAUUACAAAUCAAAAUCUAAAGAUGAUGCUCGCACAUUCUACAACAGUUCUAUGAGUAAAGACAGUCAGGAUGUGAGGAAUGGAAGAGGGGAAUCUUCUGGGCGGGGUAAGAAUUGGUUGGGUACUCCUCGUCUUCGAGCCAUGGAACGCAACAGCACAGAAGAUGAGCAAUAUGCCAAUACUUACUUACAAGGUAGGGAUGAUAGAAUGGAAAGAGACAACAGGGACAGGGAUCAUUCAAAUAGAGAACGAGAUGUGCGAGAACCCAAUAGAGAUGUACGAGAUAGAGAUAGAGGAGAUGUGCGAGAAAGGGAUAGAGAUAGGGAACGUGAUAUACGAGAUAGAGAUAGGGAACGGGACAUCCGUGAUCGUGAUAGAGAACACAGAGAGCUGGAACGAGAACAUAGACACAGGGAGAGAGAGAAUAGAGAAAAAGAGAGAGAACAUAGAGAAAAAGAAAGAGACAACAGGGAGAGGGAAAGAGCGAUUAAGUCUGAACAUAUUCCCAGUCCUGCUCGGUCUAAAGCGCGAUUUUUUUAUGACCAAGCUAACAAGGAAAUGACCCAACGUGAGCGUCUUACUGAACAGCUGGACAAAGGAACGCUGGAGUGUCUGGUCUGCUGUGAACGAGUGAAACAAUAUGACCCGGUCUGGUCGUGUGGCAACUGUUACCAUGUCCUACAUCUUAGGUGCAUACGGAAAUGGGCUAUGAGCAGCAUGGUUGAAAGUAAAUGGCGCUGCCCAGCCUGCCAGAACACUAACGAAACUAUACCGACGGAUUACCGCUGUAUGUGCGGCGCGGUCCGCACGCCCGAGUUCCAACGCGGCGCGGUAGUGGCACACACGUGCGGGCGCUCCUGUCGCCGCCCGAGGUCCUGCCCCCACCCCUGCACGUUGCUCUGCCAUCCGGGGCCCUGUCCACCUUGCCAGGCUACUGUUAUGAAGUCAUGUGGUUGUGGAGCGGAAAAUCGCUCAGUACUAUGCAGCAGUAAGCUGCCACAAAUAUGUGGACGUGUCUGUGGGCGUACUUUGGAGUGUGGCGUGCAUAAAUGUACUCAGAGCUGUCACGAAGGACCCUGCGAAACUUGUACCGAGACCGUGGAGCAAGUAUGCUACUGUCCGGCUGCAAAGGCUCGUUCAGUGCCUUGCACCGCGGAAUGCGGAGGCGCAGUGCUAUGGUCGUGUGGGGAGCCAUGUGGUCGGGUACUGGCGUGCGGGGCGCAUGUAUGUCGCGCCCCGUGCCACCCCCCGCCCUGCCAGCCCUGCACGCUACUGCCGCAGUAUGUCACCACCUGCCCCUGCGGGAAUACUAAGUUAGCUAAAGACUCUCGCAAGAGCUGCACGGAACCGAUCCCGCUGUGUGGCAACAUCUGUGCGAAACCAUUAUCUUGCGGCCCGGCUGGGGACAAACACUUCUGCAAGAUUAAUUGCCAUGAAGGUCCGUGUCCCGAGUGCCCCGACAAGACAGUGCUACAGUGUCGCUGCGGACACUCGAGCCGCGAGGUGCCGUGCGUGGACCUGCCGCAGAUGUACAACAAUGUGUUCUGCCAGAAGAAGUGCAACAAGAAGUUGUCGUGCGGGCGGCACCGCUGCCGCACGGUGUGUUGCGCGGCGACGUCGCACCGCUGCGCCGUCGUCUGCGGCCGCACGCUCACCUGCCAGGCGCAUCGCUGCGAGGACUUCUGCCACACUGGACACUGCGCGCCCUGCCCCAGACUCAUCUUCGAGGAGUUGUCGUGCGAGUGCGGCGCGGAGGUGCUGUUCCCGCCGGUGCGGUGCGGCACGCGCCCCCCCGCCUGCAGCGCGCCGUGCGCCCGCCCGCGCGCCUGCGACCAUCCCCCGCACCACUCCUGCCACUCGGGGGACUGUCCCCCCUGCGUCGUGCUCACCACCAAGCGGUGCCACGGGAACCACGAGGAAAGGAAAACAAUACCGUGUUCCCAAGAAGAGUUCUCGUGCGGUCUACCCUGUGGAAAGCCACUACCUUGCGGCAAACACACUUGUAUCAAGACCUGCCAUAAGGGACCCUGUGAUACUGGCAAAUGCACCCAGCCAUGCAUGGAGAAGCGUCCGUCAUGCGGGCACCCGUGCGCGGCGCCGUGCCACGUGGGUGGCGGCGGGGAGCCCACGCCGUGCCCGAGCGCGGCGCCGUGCCGCCGCCUCGUGCGCGCCACCUGUCCCUGCUCGCGGAGACAUGCCGAGCGGACCUGCGCAGACAACGCCAGGGACUAUGCCAAGAUGAUGAGUGCUUUAGCUGCAACCAAGAUGGCAGAGGGAGGAACAGUGGACGUGUCUGAAGUACAACGCCCCAGCAAUAUGCUCAAAACGUUGGAGUGUGACGACGAGUGUCGCGUGGAAGCCCGCACGCGGCAGUUGGCGCUGGCGCUGCAGAUCCGCAACCCCGACGUGUCGGCCAAGCUGGCGCCGCGCUACAGCGACCACGUGCGCUCCACGGCCGCCAGGGAGCCGGCCUUCGCCAACCAAGUCCACGAUAAACUUACUGAACUCGUGCAACUCGCUAAAAAGUCAAAACAAAAGACUCGUGCGCACUCUUUCCCCUCAAUGAACCGACAGAAGCGUCAGUUUAUACACGAGAUGUGCGAGCACUUCGGUUGUGAAAGCGUUGCGUACGAUGCUGAACCCAACAGGAAUGUCGUGGCCACUGCCGAUAAAGAAAAGUCCUGGCUACCAGCAAUGAGCGUGAUGGAGGUACUGGCCCGCGAGGCCGGCAAGCGUCGUGUCCCAGGCCCUGUACUACGCGCCCCGCCCGCCGCAAUGGGCUCCUCGGGGCCCACCACUGGCCCUGCACAGACUACUAACUCUGCGCCCAAUAAGUCAUCGAGCGGCUGGGCGACCCUAACUUCAACGAAUGCUUGGGCCGCUCGCAGCCAGCCGAAGCAGCCAAGCCAGCCGCAGCCGCAGGCCGAAAAAAUCGACUACUUCGACAACCCGCCCGAUAACUAGUCGACUAGCUCAAAUUGUAGCGUAGGUACGUACACUCAGUGCAUAUUAUACGCAAAGUUUAAACUUUAAUUUUGGCCAGGCGCCAUUUUGAUUUAGCUGUGUAUUAAACGAGUACGUUAAGCAAUCUGUGGUCUUAAUUUGUACAUCGAAUUCUAUUGUUAUAAUUACCACGCUUACCGUUAAUGAUAUUGGAGGAAAAAAAUCUACGUAAUCCAAUGGGGGAUAGAACUAUUAUUAUCAGUUACUUCAUGAGAAAUAUGACAUUUUUCAUGGUAUUUAUUAGCUUGAAUUAUAAACUAUAGUUAUAUUGCAACUGUCGGCUGAUUUUUUCAAUAUUAUGAUCAGUUGUAAUAUCAAACAAAUAUUUAUUAUUACUACUAUGUUACAUUGUUAGUUAUUUAUAUAUUUAUGUAGCAAAUUAGUGAAUUUAAUGCACACAGCUUUUUUCUUCUUCUCUUUUAAUGCACUGAGUGUACAUCGACAGACAAUAGAGUCAAUUUUAUAAAUGUUUACUAUUCUAUUGUAAUGUAUUGUACACUAAAUCAAAAUAUCAGAUAGAUAAAUACAUAGAAUUUUUAUGGGGUUAUUACCAUAUUGGGAUGGAUGGAAAGUCAAGUGAAUGGAGACAGUAAAGGGAUCAUAUAAAAAUAUGAAUAGGACAUGUCUACAAGGAAAUACUCUUACUUAUCGUUAUUAAAUUAUUUAGAGAUCUUCUUGGCGACACGCCAUAUUCAUUCCAUAUUAUGGUUCUCUUUCAAUGUAUAGUUUCCAUGUACGCUCUAAAUCCCAUCCACCCAAUUGUAACCAAUAAAUUUCAAUUUGGCGUCUUUAUGAAUUUACAGCGGAGGAGAGUCUGCUUUUCGCAUAAUUAAAUAAAAAAAAUAUAUCUAUGAAUAAUUCCAAAUUGUAUGUGCCUAUACGCAAUACGAAAUGCCGGUGAAAUACCGAAUUAUCUCCCCAAGUCUUGAAAAUAUCAAUGACUGGCAGGUUGUAUUGUGUGUAGGAAUUUAAAAAAAAUUAGCACAAAAUGUGAAGCACUUUAUAAAAAGCUAGACCCCUUUACCCAUCCUUUGAUAUUAACGAUUAAAAAAACACUUAUAAAACAAAAAUAAAAUACCCUGCAAAGCACGCCCUGCAAAUGCCACACGAUAAAUAUUAUUUGUCUGAAAUAGUCAGAUAUUUACCUAAAUGUUUAGUAAUUAAUAAUCGUAUAGAUUCGUGUUACAGAUAUUAUUGUUACCCGACUAUAGUUAGUGGAUUUUUGCCAAUAUUUACAUAGUUAUAGCAUUAACCAAUCGUGAUAUUUUUGUUAAAACGACAACCGUACACUAUAAUACUUAAAUAUCCCACGCUUUGGAUAGUUUAUUUCAGUUAUUUGUUGUAAGCCCUAUGUGAGCCCUGCAAGCUAUAGUCGGGUUUUAGUUUUAAUAAAUGUCUAUACAUGGAGCUCCUAGUAUAAUUACGGAUGAUACAAUGUUUGUGGUCUAACCAAGAUUUUGUAUCAAUCUCAACACUCAAUCCAUGCCUACUCCAAGUUGAAUAUAAUGAUAGAAUUAGAGCUAUAUCCAUUGUUACUAAACUCCAUAUUCUCUUACGUGAAUAUGGUAAGAGACCUAAAUAUGUCCGAACAAAAAUAAAAAUUGACUCUUAUCAGGUACUGGGCGCACCAUGCAACAAUAUUCCCCUAAAUAAAACAUAUUCUGGAUAUUGUGAUAAAAUAAAAUACAAAAAAAAAACAGUAUACUAGUUUAAAUGUUUAUAAAAGAUUACCCUGAAUGUUGUACAUGCAAGCCUUAACCAUGCACAUUUUGAUAGCUAUGAGUAUAUUAAUAUUAUGGUCUUUUUCAUUUUACCUGUUCAGAGACAUCGCAUUCAUAGAUUAAUACAUAAAGUAUACUAUUUAUAUAGCCAAUAAAUUGUUUAUAUAUUUAGAUAAUUUGCAUAAAGAUAUACAUUCAUUAAAUGUUACCAUGUACAAUAGAAUUUAAAACAAUUUACUUGUUGUUGCAAUUUACUUAUUAUGUUUCUACCAUAUAUGUUUGUGGUUAUCAAAUUUUUGUCCAACAACCUUUAAUUUGUUUGUUAAAGUUAAUGACUGGCACCAAAAAUGUCAACGUUUUAUUGGUUGGGGUAAGUUCGCACAUUAUUAUUUCUCAUAUUUACUUCGUCUUGUAUAAUGUGCAAACUUCCCCCACCAAGGAAAAUCUUGCCAUUGUUGGUGUAUUUGAACUCUGUUGUAAAACUUCAUUAGUGUUUCAAAUACAAAAUUGUAAAGAACUAUAAUAUGUCUGAAUUAAUAUUUGUAACUCAUGUUUUUGAUACACCACCAACCACCACCCACCGCAGAAAUUAUUUCUGUUCAAUAGAAAGUUCAACACCUGAUUGAAAAAUAGUUAUAAAGGGCGUUAAUGUGGCGUAACUUCAAUUGACCAAUAAAAUAUUUAAUGCAAGGACUAAAAUUAACUUACACCUCAAUAGCGCAACCUGGUUAUAAUAAAAUUUUUAAAAAAAUAGCACAAAUACGAAAAUGUUGCAUGAAUCAUUUGUAUAUGUAUUAUUUAUUGAAAAUCAUAGGUUAAUUACUUCUACAAUAAAAUUCAGGCUUUUUAUAUAUAUAUAUUUUUCCUUUUUCUAUGACAAAAUACUUGUUUCGGUACGAAUUAAACGGUGAGGGGGAUGCGUUCUUAUGAAUCACUUUCGAUGUAACUUCUACGUAGAAAUCUAUAAAAAUAUUGUAACCAACUUAAAUUCGCUGUUGUACAGGCGACACGUGUAUUAAAGUGUUACAUAUUUGUUA